GCACGGCGGUAGAUGAGAGGGGUGUAAGCAGCCAAUGCCCACAUCUUGCCAUCGUGCGGCUCGACCAUGUGAAAGCGGUGGCGAGCAUUGAAGCAGAUGGGAGUGUCGUGCAUGUCCAGCCAGGCGUCUUCAAGCCAGAUUCGACCACCCGAAUAGUCGCCGAGCCCGAUCACGCAGUUCCGGUGAAUGGCCGAGUUGUGAAUGUCCCGAUGCAGGCCCGCGCACGGAUUCAGAAGCACUGCGAUGGAGGGCUCCCCAACCCGCGCGUCUUCGCCGCCAGCAGCCUCGGCAUCGCCACGGCCGGCUCCUUCCAGGCGGACCAGAGCCUCUGCACCUUCGCCUCGGCCGAGAUCCCGAGGCUGCGCGUGGACACGGAGCUCUACAUAGACGACGCCACGCAAGGUUACGGGCCUGGCACGCUUACCUCGGGGAGCGUGGAGCUGUCCACUGAGCUGCGGGCUCCCACACACCCCGCCUACCUGCAACUGAUCGGCGGCUCCACGGGCGUGCAGGUCGUGGACGGAAAUUAUGUGGUGACCACAGACGAAGGUCGGGAGUUCUUCGCACUGGAGCAAGCUCUGCCAGAGGCGGCGGUGCGCCGCACCAAGUGGUCUGAGGACCGCAAUGCCAUGGCGGUGGUGGACAGAACCAUUCAGACCUUGAAGAAGGACCUCGCAGGCAGCUGCGAGUUGGAGAAAGGAAAUGACUUGGAAGGCGAGGGGCGAGGUAUCGGGCAAGGGGCCUGUGAGGAAUCGCCGGCGAAGGCCGCAAAGAUCCUGGACACACCUGCAGAGAAGGACGCGGAGCGAGUGGGCGAUACGAAGAAGGUCAAGGAGGCCAAGGAGGAGGUCAAGGAGGCCAAGGAGAAGGUCAAGGAGGCCGAGCAGAAGGUCGAGAAGGCCAAGGAGGAGGUCGAGAAGGCCAAGGCCGAGUCUGAAUCGAAGGACUGGUGUCAGAAACUGCUCUCCCAAAAGUUGGAGUUUGGAGCUGGCGACGCGCUGCUAAACACCAUCGGUGCGAAGUGGGACUACUGUGGCAGAGACGACCUUGUCAGGGACUUGCAAGAGCUGAAUGCUCGACGCUUCGUUGCCUGCCGCAUGCUGUGGCAGCUGCGGGCGGCCAACCAGGUGGCAUUCAAAGCAGCCGGAGCUCCGCAGAACUUUGCUGCGUUCCGUGCUCAGUGCAACCAACAUCUGGUGCCAGACGAUGUGUUGCAAGCCGUGCUACAGGACGCAAUGGAAACCACUAUCGUCGUUCUGGGAGUGGACGGCAUGCAGGGCCUCGAAGGCUUCGACCUACGUGCUGAGGAGGCAGGUAAGGUGAAACCGUUCUAUGAGGUCAUGCUAGAAGUGUGCCGGCUUGUCAACCAAAAGGCCUCUCCGCUGGUGGUAGGAUGCAUUUCUGCCACUCAAACUCUGGAUCACGGCCUGGCAUGGUCGCCCCAGCGGCGCUACCGCCUAACACUCCCUCGUGUGACCCGGGUGGCGGAAAAUGGCGAGGAUAAAGUUCCGCUUCAUCCCCUCAAGGAUUUGCUGGUGCGAGACAUGGGAGGCCACGGCCGAGCUUUAGAGGCUCUGGUGCAGGCACUGCAGACAGCGAGCAUUGGAGAUGGAAGCGCUGCGGCUGUGAUUGGGGCAGUCAUGUUUCAACUGACACAGAAGUACCCCAGCGCCGGCAUCCUUGGCCGGUCGGACUCGAAAACCUUCGACGAUGGCUCUAUCAAAGCAAUUCUUCGCACGGCACUGUCAGGCAAAUUGGUUCGCAGCGGUGACAAACUUGGGAACGUCGAUGCUGAGAAGGCAGAUUUGAUUCGUUUGCGGUACAAUGAUGCCGCCACUCACUACUUCAUUGAAGUUCCGUACAUAUGGCUGCACAUGAUGCUGAAAAAAGUGGCAUCAGUUUCUGAAGAUCUGGCCCCAUGGGGCCUGAUGGACUACGACCAGUUUCUGAAAGAUCCACCGCAAGAUGGCACAGAAUGGGAGGAGUUCAACGCAGCCUUUAGAGUGUUGCGGUCUUGGGCUUUCGAAGAAGAGGAAGCAGUGCCAGUAGGCUCUUUGCACAGCGGUGCAAUCAUACAGCCAG